CUCUAUAUUCAUGAGAUCACCAUAAAAAAAAACACAAAAUCGAUUGGUUAUUUCCUUUCACGUGGUGCGUAUGAUAUACAAUGGCGGAUUUCUAGCAGAAAAGGAUAGUAUUAUUUGGAUAAACAACUCAUGUUACAAUUUUCACAUCAUGCUCCUGACAGGUAAUUAGGAGAAAUCUAUUUGUUGAUUCUACUGAGAAACAUGACUAGAUUUCUCAAGGAAGAGAUACACCUUUUUAUCCUGACCCAUGGGGAAGAGGAAGAAGUUUCUAAUUGGGUCUGCGAACUUGUAACAGCGUUACAAAGUAAAAACAUCCAUUGUGUGAAAGAAGAGGAUUACGCCAUGGUCGGAGAAAACGUGUACUGCUCGUUAGAACGAUCAAUUAACUCAUCGAGAAAUGUAAUGGUUGUCAUAUCCCCAGGAUUUCUAAGGAAAGCAGACUUAACUGAAAGAUUAAACCUUGCUUUUAAACAAACAAUUGAAAGAGAAAUUCCACUUAUACCAGUUCUUAGUGUAAAUAUACCAGUCACUCCCUACAUUCUGUCCACCACAGUGUGUAUGUAUGUGGAUUUCUCUAGAAAUUUAUUGCAGGAAGAUGUUAAAAAGAUAGAGAGAUCACUCAGAAGAAAGGAAGAGAAAGGAACAACCAAGGAGGAGAUCGAUCAGAUUCUUUUAUCUCUUGACAAGGCGAUAGACCAAGCACCAUUCCAUGUGUUAUCAGCUGUAAGAAGUACACCAAGAUUUAAAAAACUUUGUCAAUUUUUUAGUGGUUCAAAGAAACGAAAUCGUUCAAAUUUUGAAGAAAAAGAAAAUGGUUUUCUUGUUACGAUAAGACGAACUUUGUCGGAUACAUCUGGUAUGUAUCAGCUCAAAGAACUGUAUUCGAGAGUUGGUUCACAGAACAAACUAAAGAGUUCUAAGCCCCGCAGAAGUCAUUCGUUUGGACACAGAGUUGAUAUUUCAAAGAAAACUGUGAUCAUGAAUUUAGGAUCUGUAUGAAGGAAAGUUGGAGAUUGUGCUGGAUUUAUGUUGUAUCAACAAUAAUAUGAAAAAUUGGAUUUAUUUGCUUGUAGAAUAUGCUUAAGUGCUCGACUGUUCAGAGAAUCGGUGCUAUUGUUCAUCCUUGAAUAGAGUAUACAUUGUCAAUAAACUUUCUGCUAUGAU